AUGAUAGAUCAAUCUUCCUAUAGCGAUAGUAUAGAUGACGGUUAAUAUGAGGCUAAAAUAGGUGAAAAAUUGAAAAACAAUUAAUAUUAAAUUAUUAAAUGGUUAGGAGAUGGAACAUUUUCCAAAGUUUGGUUAGUGAAAGACUUAAUAAAUUUACAUUAUUAUGCUCUCAAAAUUUAAAGUUCAUAAUAUUCAGAUGCAGCCAUAGAAGAAAUAGAUGUUUUAAAGUAUUAUUUAAUUAUAAUAAAGAAUUUUAAUUUAAAAUGAAAAUUCACCUUAAUGGCUUAACAUUUAAUAAAAUAAUAUUGGCAUUAAAUAAGAAACACAUUGUGUAAAAAUGAUUGAUUCAUUUGUUCAUAUUGUUGAUGAUACAUUACAUCAUUGUGUUGUAAUGGAAAUUUUAGGACCUACUUUAUUGGAUUUAAUUAGAUUUUAUGAAAAGAAAGUAUUUAAUAUAAUAAUGAUUAGAAUACUAGUAUAAAUAUUAAAUUAGGAAGAGAAAUAACAAGAUAAAUAUUGAUUGGAUUGAUUUAUGUUCAUGAUGUAUGCUAAAUUAUACACACUGACAUAAAGCCAGAAAAUAUUAUGAUUGAAUUAAAUGAGAUAUAAUUAAAGUAGUUAAUUAAUGAAGAUGAAACUGAUAAUAGGAAAAAAAUGUAAUAAGAGAAAAUAUUUAGAGAGUUAAACGCAAUAGUAUUAAAAAUGGAGAUAUCUUUAUAUGGAAAGAAAAUGUAAUAAUUAAUAUUAAUACUGACCUUAAAUUUAAAUUAGUAGAUUUUGGAAAUGCUUGUCAAACUGAUUAAUAAUUUGAGGAAAUUCAAACUAAAGAAUAUAAAUCUCCUGAAUCAAUUAUAUAAGCAAUAUAUUCAACAAAUACAGAUAUAUGGUCUUUAGCUUGUGUUGUCUUUGAAAUAUUGACAAAUAAUUACUUAUUCAAACCGGAAGGAGAUAGUGAAGAAGAAGAAAUGGAUGAUUUAUUAGCAAUGAUGAUAGAAUUGAUUGGACCACCAACAUAAAGCUUUUUGACUAAAGGUAAAAGAAGUUCUUAAUAUUUUGAAAGUAAUGGACAAUUAAAAAGAAUUUAAGUAUUUUUAUAUUUUAGCUAAAGGAUUUGCAAAAAGUUGUAUUAAGUUCUACUUUAGUUGAAGAUUAUGAAUUUUUAGAAGAUGAAGCAAAAAAAUUAGAAGAAUUUAUUCUCUUUGCAUUAAAGUGGGAUCCUCUUGAAAGGCCUUCUUCUUAAAUCAUGUUUAUGCAUCCUUGGAUUCAAUAAUGA